UUUUUUCAGUUAAGCGGAAACUUGAAAAUUGAUAUUUUGUUGUCUGUUGAAGUAGUUUAUCUAACAACACAAAUAGUUUUUUCGUAAAGUAGGAAAUAAUGGCAAAAAAGACUUACGAUUUGCUCUUCAAGUUAUUACUGAUCGGAGACUCUGGUGUUGGUAAGACAUGCGUGUUGUUUCGUUUUUCUGAUGAUGCUUUCAAUACAACAUUCAUUUCGACUAUUGGAAUUGAUUUUAAAAUUAAAACUGUGGAACUCAAUGGAAAGAAAAUUAAACUGCAGAUUUGGGACACAGCAGGUCAAGAAAGAUUUCACACAAUCACCACUUCCUAUUAUAGAGGAGCGAAUGGUAUUAUGUUGGUUUAUGAUAUAACAAACACAAAGAGUUUUGAAAACAUUUCGAAGUGGUUAAGAAACAUUGAAGAGCAUGCAAGUGAGGAUGUGGAAAAAAUGUUGUUGGGAAAUAAAUGCGAUAUGGAAGAUAAGAGGAUGAUUAGCAAGGAAAGAGGAGAAAUGAUUGCAAAAGAACACGGAAUAAAGUUUUAUGAAACUAGUGCCAAGAAUAACAUUAAUAUUGAGACGGCCUUUAUUGCUCUUGCAACGGAUAUUUUACAUAAGACUCCAGUGAAGGAGACAGGUGCAGGCAGUGCUGGUGUUGAUGUCACACAACAAAGACAAUCAUCCCGUUCUUGCUGUUCUAACUAUUGAUCUAUAAAAGUUCUUUUACAAAUAAUGCCUAACAGACUGACAUGUGUUCGUGGUCGUGCAGUUAUCCCAAGCUAUAGCCGCGGCCGAGUCAAUUUUUUGCCUGUUUCCAUUUUUGUCCAUAUCUCUUUGCAUGGAAACAUAAGGGUUAAAAAUCAUGAAGAUUAAACUAAGAUAUUUCCUUAGUAGUUGUUAUUAUUUUAUUUAGUUGUUCCAGUUAACAAAGCAGCAUGAUAUUUUUUUACAUCUUCUGCUUUUAAAACAAAAAUAUUCCAUUAAUCUAGUAAAUAUUGUGACAUCAAAUAUACACUUCUAUAAAUAGUUUAAUAUACCUAUUGAUACAAAGUUGGUUAAAUUUAAAAUGUUAAAUGUAUUUUCCUAAUAAAUAGUGUAAAAUUUUCCGUUUUAAUUACCACCAUGUUUAUCCCUAUCAAAGUAUAAUCUUUUAUUUGUUAUGUAUGGCACAUCAUGUGUAUGUGCUGGUACAGUGCUUACAUAUUUGAAUGGUGUAUAAUGCAUUUCUGUACCGUAAGUGUAUAAACCAACAUUACCCCUGUGUUUACUAAUUAAUUAAAUAAAUAUAGUUGUUCAGUUGACAUUAGACCACCCAAAUGAUAUGUAAUAUAGACGGGAUCAUUAAUCAAAAACACUUAAUAUAUGCUCAAUAAAGCAAAAGUGCUAAAUG